AUGGUGACCGAGUCCGCUGGACACGCAUCUUAUCUUACACGGAAGAUUGCUAGGGCGGGCUCUUCAGGGCGGCAUCCGCAGAACGUGCAACGGGACGUGAACCGUGCACUCGAACUGCCUUUGGAGCUCUUCUAUGUGAAGGUGCCCAUCAAGUGCCCAAGCGACCCGAAGAAAGAGCUGGAAUUUGAGUGCCCCAUACUGUUACCGCACGAGCUCUAUGAGUAUCUGGCAGCAAGUGGACGCAUCCGUGUGACCGAUGCCGAGAUUCGCGAGUACUGGGAGCAUGCGGCAGCCGCCGCUGCUCGAGACCCCUCGAGCGAAAAGGUCGAGGAGCUUCCGGGGCAAACAAACCAGUCGAAUCCUUUAGGUCUCUGGGGGGACGAUGCCCGCUUCAAUCGUUCUGGCCAGAAACUGAUACUCUACACCAUGAAUCCUUUGCUCCAUCAAAGUUCGAGAACAGAAAUGAAACGAUACCCACUCUUCAGCAUCCGGGAAUACCUCUGCAUCCCCGGACGCACACUUCGACCGAUUUUCAGGGUCAUCACUUGGAGUCUGAAUGCUUUGUUCGAGGCCAGGCACCCGCAGUCGGGUGUCGACGGUGAGGAGCUGCCAAGCCGCAUGGCGAACAAAGCCGGCUCUUUGAUUCAUGGAGGAUUCUGGGGUGACUUUCCUGACGACGGGGCAGCGCUACGUGCUGCGACGCUGGCAUUCAAGCAAUGGGCGAAUUCGCACAGACCGCAUUCGAUUCAAACGAUAACGCCCGGCAUGUUGCACGAUUUUGCAUCCGAUGCUGGUGACCAUCCGGUUCUCACUUUGAAGGCUUGGAACAGCCGGAUCUGGUUGGCGUAUAUGGAUCAUUGCAUGGAAAAACAGCUGGAGAAAAAUCAGGCUGCUGGCGUUCAAGAUCGGGAGGUGCUGCUGGCCAUGGCUGGGACCAGAAGCCUGUUGCUUUGGUUUUGUGAGCAGGAGGCAGCGCAUCGACUUUAUCUCACAGAGACACAAGCUACAGCGAUCCAUGGACAUGCGUGCGAGUACUUGAAGUAUGCUCAAGCCCUGGCGCUGCACGCCAGCGGUGCUGGUGUGCUCCGCUGGAAAAUCCUCCCCCAGCAUCACGCAUUUCUUCACCUGGCAGAAAACCUUUUGGUGGAUCGCUGGAACCCACGUGGGUUCCACGCGUUUGUCGACGAGGAUACAGUGCUUCAAUGGAAGCGACUUGCAGUGCAAAUGCCGUCGACAGCGAUGGAAGAGCGGCUUAUGAUCCGAUAUUUGAUCCGUUUGAGCCUGAAAGGCACUUGA